UGGAUGCGAGGCUUCCGGUAGCCAGUGAGCAAGACGCGUCAGGGUACUAAGCCCACAUGCUGUGUGGCGCCUCCGCUAAGCCUGUGUCGCCUCUGCUAGAGAUCUGUGUCGCCUCUGGAACACUGAUACACCCGCCUAGCGCCAACGCUAUUUACUAAUGCAUCGGUAUGGCUACACGAACACCUCGUGGAGUGAAGACGGAUUACGUGUUGGUGACAUGGCUUCCAAAGCACAGUUCAGAAGAGGGAUCCAAACUUCCUUCAUACCAUAUCCGAUGCCGGAAAUGGAGGAGUGGCAGUUCCCUGUGAUUCUGAACCCCGAGACUCGGCAGCGCUUGGGCUUGAGAGGCGAGGGAACCCUUCUGGUCAAGCCCAGCAGCAUCACUCUGGUCGUCAACGGCUACAGGCUGUGCGAGUGGAGCUUAUCAAGCAUCAGGAGGUUCGGCUACUCCACCAGCAACUUCCAUUUUGAGGCCGGUCGCAGGGCAGCCACAGGAGAGGGACUGUUUACCUUUCUCACUAACAAGGGUAAACGUAUAUAUUUACAAAUCAUGCAGUAUAAGAGCUUCUACCAGUUUGACCUCCUGUGCCAGCGAGGGCUGUCCCCAGAUCAGAUCAUCCAGACGAUCACAAGUCGCGAGGAGGAGCAAGACAGGUCCACUCUGAGGCGAGCCCCUCGGAGCCAGAUUGGUGUCGUCUCCAGUACAUCUCAGACGGAAUUUAAAAGACCUAACUGGACCUCUCAACCAGACCUCACAAAACCCAGCCACAUCUCUCAGCCAGACCUCAUCCGGCCCAGCCGCAUAUCUCAGCCAGACCUCCUAGAAACAUAAUACACGAUGAUCAAUAAUGUUGCGAAAGCAGGGGUGAGGCCUUUGCAGCCGUUGCUUGUGUGUGAGGAUUUCUUUAUAUGGUAAUCUGAUUCCGAAUUGCGCCUCUGUAACUAGUAAUCGAUUGUGUGAUCACUCGAUACCUCCCUAGGAUCAGUACAAUCACUCGUUAACCCACGACGGUUUUGUCAUAUAGUUUAACCUGUGUACGGAGCGUGCUCUAAUACUUCCACUUCGUAUACAAGACUUUUUUACUCUCUCUUUAAAAUGUUGGGAUCAGAGUGACCUCAGAUAGUCGAAUAAUCUCUUUACAACAUCCAGGCAGAUGGACAGUGAUACCCACAGUAACUAUCAACAAUGUACAUAUUCCAAAAAUAUAUUUCAGGAUAGUAACAAGUAAUUAGUGAGAAGAGACAGAACAGCUGAGCCUUGGUAUUGGCAUCUGCAAGCAGAUUCAGUACUAAGAGCUGUUGGUAUUCUUUCUUAGAGGUUAGUGUGUUGGAUGAUAGAAAUAUUAGCGUGCACUGGAAGAGUUAAAGGUUGUCAGCCUGUCAGAAGACGUCUGAUAGGAGGAGGAAAAUAUUGGGUUAAUAUUACGGGAACCUUUUGUAUUUAAGAGUCCACUCCUGCUACUGUAAAAAUUUUUAUGUGAACCAACAAGGGUGGGCAAUAGACAGCGAUGAUACUGAUGUAAGGGUUGGUAGGUGAGCAACUUUCAGUACUAACAAAGCCUUUAUAAACACACUACAGGAAGCUCACGAUGUGUGUAUUUUAUGUAGGGAUCUUGGAUCAAAUGUUAAUGACUCCAGAUGACUAGGUAAAUUAUUGUUUAUCAUUUGUCAAAAUAAUGUGAUGAAGAUUUUGGCAGACCAUUAAGAAAUCAAUUUUAAUAAAAAAAUUAACAGCAGUAUUGAGGGUUGCUAAUGUAGUGUCAGUUUUUAAAAUUGAUGACAGAUCUCUGCUUGGUUUAUAAUUACAAUCCAACUAGCUUAACAUCAAUUGUUGGAAGAAUUAUAUGAAGCAUUGAUAAAAUAAUUUAUUACCACCUUGAUUUUUUUUAAAUAAUAAGUACAGAUUCAGUAGAAGUAAUUUAUAUCUAACAAAUUUACUUUUUAAUAUAUUUACAUGUAUCUGAAGAGAUUCAGUGGUAAAAAUUAUAAUACUUUUAUAUCUUGACUUUAGUCAUUCUAAAAAUAUAAUGUAUUUACUCCUGUGCCUGAGUUUUGGCUUGGUGUUGGACUUAGUGUCUAAAGGCUGUAUCUAGCAGUAUACUGUAAUCCUGAACAUAAUCCAGGGCUAAAGUAAUCUCUCAGUGUAUAUGCACUGUGGAGCGGGGUCCACCUGUCAGUGUUCAUAUUCCAUGUGUGUCAGA